GCCACCCCCCUCCUCCCUGCACAGCAAUGUGAACCGGCAUGGCAAGGGUUAAACGCUGGGCUCGAUCCAGAAAACUUAGCAAAACCGAAAGCAAACAGACGGAUUUCCUGGAAAUUCACUUUCCUUACAUCACCGCUUGUUUCCUCCCCCCCCGCCCCCCCCGUCUCUUAUCACAACACGGGGAUCGCUGCGCUCAGUGCUGGGCUCCCUGCUCCGCUGGUGUUUCGUGGGUGCUCAGAGGUGCUGUGUGGAUGUUACAGGCGGCAGCCGUGAAACCGAUCAUUCAUGCCCUCGUGGGGUGCGGCGUUGCAACAGGAGCGGUGCUCGUGGCCGUCCCGUUAACCAUUUCGUCGCUGGGCUUCACGACUGCCGGCAUCACCGCGGGCUCCAUAGGCGCUAAGAUGAUGUCGGCUGCGGCCAUCGCCAACGGCGGCGGAGUGGCUGCGGGCAGCAUCGUGGCCGUGCUGCAGUCGGUCGGAGCCGCCGGCCUUUCCAUUGGUGUCAAACUCGGGUUGGCCUCCGUGUUCGGGCCGCUCGGUGCGCUGAUCGGAUCGAAGAUCCCUUAAGAGAUGGAUGGAGAAGCUCAGAAACGCCGAGAGACGGCGCGGCCGCCGCUGCGUGAUCGGCAACGGGAGCGCAUCGCACAGAACAAUAAAGAGACGGCAGAGCAACCGAA